AAGACUGACGAUGGCGAAGAAAGCAGCCAUUAUUCAUCAGGUGGAAAGCGGCCGACCUCAAUGCAAAGUUGCUUGGGAGUUCUCCAUUUCGAAGCAAACCGUCUCCGACUACUUGAAGAACAAGGGGAAGAUCCUGGAGGCAGCGGAAAGUUUCUGCGGGGAAGCAGAAAAAUUUCCGCAAUGGCAGCCAUCCUAAGCUGGAAGAGGCCUUGAACAUGUGGCUGAGCGCCACUGUAGCUAAGCGGAUACCCAUGUCUGGCGAUCUGCUCAGACAAAAAGCAGAGACGCUGGCCCUGCGCAUGGAUAUUACUGGAUUUAAAUUCAGCGAUGGCUGGCUGCGGAACUUCAAGAAAAAGGUACAACCUGGCAUUUAAACGAAUGCGUGGCGAGAGUGGGGCUGUCGACCAAACCCUUGCGUCGAGCUACCGCGCAGACAAGCUGUGUGCACUGCUGCGCCAGUACUCUCCAGACAACUUCUUUAACUGUGAUGAGAUGGGCCUCUUUUAUAAGAUGUUGCCUGACAAGACGCUUGCUUUGUCCGGGGAGCCCUGCCACGGGGGAAAGCAUAGCAAGGAGUGUCUGACAGUUGUCGUGGGAGGCAACAUGUCAGCAACGGAGAAGCUUCCGCUCCUCUUUAUUGGAAAGUCGAAACAUCCUAGAUGUUUUAAAGGGGUCAGGAUGCUUCUUGUCUGGUAUGAGGCAAACUCUAAGGCCUGGAUCACCCAGGAUCUUUUCGAAAAGUACAUCCGGAAGCUUGACCGGAAAUACGAGCUUCAGAACCGCAAGGUGCUCAUGUUCGUCUACAACUGCGGUGCCCACGGGCACAUAACCAGCCUGAAGGCAAUUGAUCUUGAGUUUUUGCCGCCAAAUACAAGUGUAUUGCAGCCCAUGGACCAGGGCGUGAUUAAGAACUUGAAGGUUCACUACCGAUCGCACCUUUUGAAUCGCGUGCUCUUGUGGGUGGACCGCGGCAAGAAGUACGUUGUGGAUGUGUUCUCAGCCAUCAGCAUCCUGUCUGAUGCCUGGAAGGCAGUGACGGUGGACACAAUCCGCAACUGCUUUCGCCAUGCAGCAUUUGUCCUUGAUGAGGACAGUGCCACAGGCCACGACCCCGCGGCUGAGCUGCCGCCUGACACGAACGUUACCGACGACCUCCGUGCCAGUGGGGUCGAUAUCCCCGCUGUUACGUUUGAACAGUUCGCUAACUUCGACAGUGCCGUCCUGCCCUGUGCCUAGUUGGAUGAUGAGAUCGUCCGUCAGGUUCUGGAUCCACCGCAAGUGAACAGCGACUCUGAUGACGACGCACCGCCCACACCACAGCCAUCAAGUGCGCACUUGGAGCAGGCCUUGACGAUGCUCUUCUCUGCCUAUAGUGAUAGCCAGACACUGUCGGAUAUACAGGCUGACCUGAUCGCACGUAAGCGUGCAUCUGUACAGUCGCGCAUUAACAAUUUUUUCUGUCCACUGGGACCAUAAAGGUACUUUUUUCUGGCGAAUCCUUUUUUCGGACUCUCGAUUAUUCGGACUUUUCGGCGGUUCCCGUCGAGUCCGAAUAAAUGGUCGGCGACUCUAUGUAUGUCACUUUUUUUCAGGCAAACCUUCACUUGUGAAUUAGUGCUUGUUUGUGUUGGCACUUUCUUUGCACCAGCAUCACAGGCAGCCAUGUGACAGCAAGAGGUUAGACUUGACAGGCUCUCCUCACUGGCUUCAAAGCUCGCGCGAAUAUGAUAGCUCUGUUGUGUAGGUGUACUCUUGUGCCAUAAAUCAGAUUUGUGAGCACUGCACAGUUAAGGCUUUUCCACAUCAAUGCAUAGAAACUGAGCAGAACAGCAUUGAAGUUUGUUUCCCCGCUUGUAGCUUCAAGCUGCACUCUGUGCAAUGCCUGCCUGCAGUGAAGUGAAUGACAUGUGCUUGUCUUGGUUCCUUUAUUGAUAAUGUUGCCCUCCUGUGCGUCAACAUUUUAGUGCCUCCAAGUCUUUAAAACGAGCAAACGAACAGUACAGUUCACUGUUUAAUGGGACGCCUAACCAGUACUGAAGCCAUUAUAACUGGAACACUUCCUUGCCUUAUCGGACCGUAGUGGCUGAUAUAAUGAGUUGGAUGUAUAUUUACCCCUAAAAAGUUUGUUGGUGGGCCUUAAUGCCAUGUCUUAGGGAUAAUUAAUCACAGAAUACUAACUGUUUUGUUUUCUUGUGCACCCAUAGUGCAUGACUUUUCAAGUGACAUUAUUGUAAACUAAGGGUAUGAUUUUAGACCAGAAUAAAGGGGAGGGGGGAGCUUUCACAUGCUUUGUCUGUAGUUUGAUUAAACAAACUUGUGAAAAUUAAGUACUCUGCAGACGGCCUUCAUUAAUGUUCAACAACGUUUGCCUUCCCAGUUUUCCAAGUUUCAGUGAACCAGAGAACAGUAGUGGUGUUUUAGCAUGAGCUGUUCUGUGUUCAGCUAGUUGCUGUCAUGGCAGUUGUUUUUGGACUCCAGACAAAAAAAAAGAAAAGGAAGAAAGAUCUAGCUUUUGUGUGAGUGAGAGUGUUGGCAGAGAUGUUGCAGCUGUUCCUGAUCUUCUGUCAUAUCUCUGUGGCUUUCAAAACCCUUUGACGUACAUUGUUCUUGAGCUUUUCAUUCCUCGUAAAGCCCAAGGUAUUUUGGCUAUCGGCUAGCUUCCAAUUUUUCCAAGCUAUGCUGACCCUAGCACCUGUAUGACAUUGUGUGAUGUAUGUGAUAGUAUGAAUCUCUACUGAAGUGAAAUCCUAUUGAUUUUUGUUUGCCAUGAUGAUACUACAAGUGUAUUCCUUGGAUGCUUUUACAAAUUAGAAAGCUACCCACCUUUCGAGAUUUAGGGAUUUUUGUUGUCAUUGAUGUUUGUAUAUGGUUGCUCCUGCAAACUGAGUGCUUGAUGCUCUGACAGUUCUGUGAUGCAUGUGUAGUACUACUUGCAGACUUGUAUACUUUAAAUCAUUUCUUAGCAUCUGAAAAAUGUUUAGCUGGACAUAUUCUUGACACCAUAAGAUUGGUGCAUGUGCUCUAUAAUAUGCUAGCUUUCUGCAGCAUAUUUCAGAGGCCUGCAGCUGCCAUUGAGAUGGGGCACGCUCAUUGCAUGCAGCUGUUUGCAUUUAAGUGAACUUUAUAUGACGAGCCCGUUUUCAUAUGAUCUCGUUUUAAGUGAUCCGAAUAAGAUGCACUGUAAUAUUGUGCCCUCUGCAAUAGCGCCCUGUGUGUGUGUUUCUCUGUCUGUCAUCGUAUUAACGCCUUUCUCUUCAGAUCCUAAUAUCGCAGUUUUGCUUGUGUUUGCUGUUGACAGGCGUAGUGUCCAUAAAAAUGUUAGAGCUUUCACAAACAGUGUUUCAGUCCUUGAAUGAUGUUAUGAGCCCCUGUUAUGUUUGAGAAACUGAGGAGGGAAAGGCUUUUGCAUGUUGAGCAAGCGAUAGCAUUGUUUAUUCCGUAAAGUUUCGUAUAAAAAUCACUAGGUGGACAUCUGGCCAUAUUGUCUACAGUAGCUGUAAGUGUGGCAGUUCAGACAGCAUGGCAAUGCUGUGUUUUACAUACAUGGAUUUGCCCAAACUCCAUCCUUUCGGCUUCAAAUGACUUUGUGACGCUGCAUAUUGAUUGCUUUCAAGGAAAUAGUACAUUAUAAAUGCAGCAAUUGGCAGCGCUUAUGCACGCAUGCAGAGACAUAUUGCCUUCAUGUUUUUUUAAUACAGUGGAAUCGCGAUACGAUUCUGCAUUAUCCGUUUUUCGGGAUGACACGUUUCUUUUUCUUUUCCUGGUAUAAUACGAUUUGGUUGGACGAUACCCUUCAUUUUCCAGUUCCCAUGAAGAUUGUAUCAAUGAGAUUCCACUGUAAUAUGAUUGCUUGGAAAUUUGGGAAUGUAAAGCACAAUAACUGAAGUCACAAGAAUGUCUGAAGCCAGAAGAAUGACGACUAGACAAAUCUGUCGACUAUACCCACUACUAUUGCCGUGGUGGCCAAAUGAACACAGCACCAAAUUUCGUUCCAAUAAGCUUAGGAGGAAAAUCUAUGGUUUGUUCCUGUAUAACGGCACGUAUAAUUUCUAGUUUAAUGCUCAGGAAGAUUUUUACAUGAGCUGUAACGAUGCAUUGACCUGUCAUUUUGUAGGCCACCUAUUUGCUGAGGUGCCAUGGUGGUGUUGUGCCUGGUUAGUGUAAACUGGCACUUCCGCUGUGUGGGGCAUCAAAAACAUCUCCUUGUAGUUGGUUACGAGCCAAACACUUUGUAUAUACAACGCUUAUUCUGCUCUUACAAUGGCUGCGUAGCCAUGGAAGAUGCUGUUGCGUGCAUUUUGACCAAGUGUUUAUGCUAAUGUACGAGCUUUUUCGCAGGAGGUUGUCAUUUAGGCAGUGGCGUGUCACCUCACACAGUGUCUAGAGAUGAAAGCUUCUGAGCCACUUUCUGAGUGUGCAAUAUCUGUCUCUGCAAGCUAAAUAAUUUGACAGAAUUGCUUGUCUGGUGGGGCAAUUUAAAUAUAUAAAGCUAUAAAAACAUGAGACCUGUCUCCAAGCUGUCUUGUGGGGCUGCUCCUUGCUCACCUGAUGCACGGAAGCUCAAAAGGGCUCUUAGUGUAAGGCUAGCAAUGUACGGCACAGUACACUGUAAUACACAUAUAAUUGUAAUGUACAGGCUGUAUGCACCAUUUUGUUUCUUCAAAAAUGCUGAAACCUGGUUACGCCUUCUUCAAAACAGCUUUUUUUUUUUUUUUGAGGAUCGACUUGUGUGUAGUGCUCAGCCUAGUGGCAUAUCUGCUCAUGCAUGAGGAGGCUUCGUAACUUUUGGCAGGCUGCCUUUUUGCCUGUGCGUUGAUUUGUUGAGCCGAGAUCUGUUGUAUACAUGGGUGACUGCAUUUAUACAUGCCUUGUAGCAAGCAUUUGGCUCGGUGUGUAAUAUCUCAGUCCUUGCUGCUUCGCUCUCUAUUUUUGUCAUCAGUGUGGUGCAACUGGAGGAACGUGCCAAGUUGAGCUUGAUGUUUGCAUGACAGGAUAUGCUGUUUACAUCACAUACAGAUGUAUUCUAUGAAUCUUUACUUAUUAUGCCAAUGCGUUUGUGUGAUCUUAAUAAUCUUUCAUCAUUGACGAUUUGCUGGCACUUGUAGCAUUCUUUCUCCUGCAGACCGACACUGCUGUGGAUCAGAUAAGUAUCAAGGAAUAACCAUGUCAAAUUCCAUUGAGAAUCAAGCACGAGUGGAUAGGAGCGUCAUCAUUUCAGUAUGUUGUAUCCCUGUCAGUUAUUCACUUGCGUGCUUCAAUCAAUUGUGAUCGAACUCAGGGCAGAUCAACUAUUUGCAUAACUUCAGUCCUGCCCAUCUAAUUCACGCUUCACCAAUUGCAGUCCAAAUUCCGGAAUACUCUUUAAGGCACCAUCAACAUACUCGGUUUGACUACGCUAGUGUUCAUAAAAAAAGAAAACUCAGAAAUAACUUCUAGAAAGUUAUACUAAAUGCAAAUUAAUAACAUUUGGGAUUGUUAUUUUGCUUAGUAUAGCGCAUGAAUUUGUAAAUCUAUGCUUGCUAUUGGCUAAGAAACUCUGAUUGUAGUAAUGAAAUCCAGCCUUGCCUUUAUACAACUAAAUGUAUUUAACAUCGCUUUGAUAAAAAUUGCCUUCUUUAUUGUUUUUACUAUAUCAAAUGUGCAUUUGUGAACUGUUGUUCUGUGGUCUGGAUGCAUAUGAACAAGAUCUGGACAACCACUAGUCUGAACCAUGUAGUUUGUAGAUCACAUUUGAAAGUAUCGACACUCAUUGACUUUGACUUGGAUAAAAAUUAAAAGUGGGAUAGGGUGAAAGUUUACGAGUGGCAGCUAUUGCACUGAGGAGCUGUAUGCACUUAAAACAGAGCUGUGUCAGAACUGCUUUGAGGCACCAUGUUUCUCCUUGCUGUGGCCACUCAUCUUUUUCUGUUUGCAUGUCACGAAUACUGAACAUAUCAGUAUAACUUCAUUCAAUUGCUGUGCCAAUUACAGGUUUCAGACAAGAAAAACACUGUGGGUAUACAGCUCUUAGGCUACGAGUUUCCUUGGCAUCUGUUUCAUUGCUUUAGUACUAAAAGCACUCUGUCCAUUGAGCAGCACAAGUUUGUUUUUGUGCCCAGUACUAACAAAAGUGCAACCAUUUGAUUGUGAAUGCCAGUGCUGGCUGUAUACGGAGCACUGCUCCUUAUACUGAACUGUCAUUCAAGAGAGCUUAAUGGUUGCGCAGAAAAAAUUCAAGUUGUAUGCAGCAAGAUGUGAUCGUUCUCAAUCUGCUCCUUGCUCCUGUUACUUUGUAUGUGUUAAUAUGAGGAGCUUACACAAGAGGCAGUGUCCCAACAUUGGCGUUAUGUUGAUCCACAGUGUUGAAGAUCACAUGCACUUUUAUUUUAGCAUGUUAUGUGAAAUGCGCUAUUGUCACUUAAAGUCUGAUGGCUCCAUGAUCCACUGCCUUGUUUUUGUGGAGUUCCAAUCAUUUAGGGCCAGUGAAACUGCAUAAAUAAUUGCGCAGCUAUUCUUUAUGCUAUUUCUCCAGCUAAUGUGUACAGAAAUUCUGGAAGGAACACAGGAGUGGCAACCGUGAGAUUAUCAUGGUGUCAGUGUUUAUAAGUGGAUUUCAAUCGAAUGAGAACAUACCUAAUCGUGACAUUUUAUACCUUUUCAAGUUGUUUUGUUGUCUAGUCACCUCCUGUACAAAAGAGCUUUUUCUUACAUGCACACUCUUUUAAACAAGAACCAGUUCCAUUGUCUCUGUAAUACUAAAUAUUUGACAAUACAGAAACAUUUGAUAUUUUGGUCUAACUAUGCUGAGCAUAUUUUUUUGUCUAAGACACUUCAGACUAUCCAGUGGUUUUACUCAGAGAUGGAGACUGGUUAAAUAUUGUUGUGGCAUGGUAAAUUUUGGGGCACUCUUUGGCUUCAAGCAAUUAACAGAAGUUAAAUGAUAUAAGGCAUCAUAUUGCAAUCGAAGUGCUUCAUUUCUUCAGAGGCAAUCAUAAGUUUUCAGCAUCAGAAUUUCAUCUAGCGUUAAAUUUUUAUAAGGUUGUUGUGCUAAAAACAGUGUUGCUGAGGUUAUCGAUAACUCUUUUGUGGCAGCUGCCUUAUCAUCCAAAGACAUAAUUUGCCAUUUGGUACGUGUUGUGGCCUUUGCUUGCCUAAUCCACAUGCAUAAUUUUGUUAUGUGCUGCUGCAUCUUAGUAUUUCGUUUCAAAAUCACCUGUGUGUGGUUGUGCAUUCAGUGUGUUCAUUAUUCAUAAGAUAUUAUACAUUGCAAUGCCUUGUCAAGGAUUACGAGAGAACCUUUAUUGGAAACUAAAGAGAUGCCAAGGGCUGGCUGUGUGAAAUGUAUGGCCAUUGGUUGGAAAGCUCUUUUGGUUUCAUUUUAUUACGAUGCAUUUCGAUUUUACAGUGUCACAUGUUGUACUUGUUUGAAACUGUGGGCCAAUGCUGGAAAGAUGUUGUAUAAUGGAUAAGGUAUUAUUUCUGUAAACUGCCAUUUUGCUUGAGUUGCACUUGGGUGCCUGCUGGUUUAUGGGCGAGCUUGGCAUAUAGCAUGUGUCUUCGUGACAUGCAUACUCUUUGUAUUAGAUGAGUUACUAUUUUUCUCAUGUUGAUUUUUUGUUUUCUUCCUGUUUUUAAUUCUGGGUAUCAUGUUCCUUUUAAAUCAGAUAUUUUUAUAUAGGGCAAGAUUUUGAGAAAUGUGCGUUUAUAAAAGUUCUGUAAUAUAGUCCACACUGAACUGAUAUAGAACUUCUAUUCGUGGAAGGCACUGACGGGGCCAGUUGACGCUUUGACUUAGCCACCGUGUAAGAAUAGACAGGUAUCUCUAUAAUGCUGCCUGUCUCCAGAGUGGGCUGCCUAGGACUGUGUUAACGCUUCCUUCCUCCUCUGGCAGGGGCGCUACAGUGUUGGGGGCAUCAUUUUCUGUCUGGUAGUGGUGUGAGGCCUAUCGGUCAUGUAUUUUGCUGUGAAACACCCUUAAGGCCCAACCGCAUGCACGCGAUAUUCAAGCGACACGACAGGCACAACCUCUCGCGCUGUCGUGUCGCGCCGUGGAGCAACCACAUGAACGCGACAUCGCGAAAAAGAGUAGCGACGAAUUUACAUUGUUGUGCAAAUAAAUGUUAUCAUGCAUGCGUAAAGAAAUCUCAAUUUUAUCAAAAGGUCAACGUUUUGUCUAGAUUUAGUUAACCCUUUGAAGGUCGAAUUAUUUUGAAAAAAAACUUUCCCAGAUGGUCAAAUUACUUUAUUGCGGAUAUUGAAUGUACAAAAUGUAUAAAGUCGGGAAUAAAUAGUGAAAAAAAAAAUUUGAAACAGUAUUUUGAUGUCGGCAUCACUCAGAACUCCAAAUGUUCAGUAAUAUUUCAGAGUGUGGUAUUCCUUGAAACACGGUUCUACGCAUAGCGCCUUAUCGCAGUCGGCACACCAAAAACGCGUGUCUGUUCUCCUCUUGGGGCGACGAGUUGUGUUGGCACACACGACAUCUUCUCUGAAUGCGGCUGCCUUGGGCAGAGGUCUGAGGCACCCUCUGAGCGAGAAUACCUCGUGAGCGGCGGUGAUAAACAAGCUAAGAGCAGCGCCAAUCAAGGUAGAAAUCAGCUUCUGCCGCAUCUGCAAGAGUGCCGACAAAGAGAAACUUACGUUUCGCGCGCCUCCAUUGCGAUCAUUCGGCGUAACCGAAACCGCGUUGCCGCAGAGAGCGAGAAUACCUCGUGAUCGGCGCUGAUAAACAAGCUAAGACAGCGCCAAUCAAGAUAGAAAUCAACUUCCGCCGCCCCUGCAAGAGAGUGCCGACAGAGAGAAAACUCACAUUUCGCACGCCUCCGUUGCGAUCACGCGACGAAACCGAAACCGUGAAAGGGGUGUUGCCGCAGCCUGCGCGACGCACGCGCUGAAACUAGAAAUCAGUUCUGUUUAUCUCCGCUAGAAGGUAGCACAAAUGUCAAACGCUUCUUGUAAGUCCUAAAAGGUGGCAGCACCUCCCGGUGAGCAUGCAUCGUCAUUAUGGCGCGAAAUUUCAAACAGAGGAUCGAAACCGUACCCGUACGGCAAAGACCUUGCGGGACAGAAAACCGCCGCCGUACAGAUACGGCAAAAACCUUCAAAGGGUUAAAUAUGCUAUCAUCCCCAGUGGAAAUCCGUCCCAUGCUGCCAGCGUAAAAUGCCGUGGCGCCACCUGGUGAAAAACACUUUCUCCACUCUCGGUGGCAUCUUCAGGCCUAACAGCAUCAAAACAAAUAACCGAUCUCAAUAAUAAUGACAAGAGAGCGCCGAUACUUAGUCCUCAGCUAGCGAUGAGACGAAGCGAUAACUGAUCGUACUAUUUAUUUUUUUGCUGUCACAGCAGAGAGUAAGUUACAAGAGUGAAUUCAGAUCGAAGCGGGCAGACUGAUUGCUGCCAUGUUGUUGCGCAAUCGCUGUCCCCAGUGGAUGUCGUCGUGCUGACUUCCGGGCGACAAGCGAUAUUUUUUGGCUGGCCAGAGACCGGCGACACGAGCAGCGACAGCGACGAAUCGGUCUCCGCGACGGCAGAACCUGUCGCUCGUCGCCGUCGCUUGUCGUUGUCGCUCGAAAAUCGCGUGCAUGCGGUUGCGCCUUUAUAACGAGCGAUGUUACUUCUGAGGCACUACUAGCUCUUGCCCAUUAUUUAUUGUUGCUUAUGCGAUUUGUGAAGAAAAAUUGAAUAAGUAGCUACGAACUACAAAACGAACCGCCUCUUGAAUCUCGAUUUGCAGUGCAGUCAUCCAGGAUUGUACACUGUCUUAGUGCUCUUCAGCAAGUUUUCUGCCUUUGCAUGUCCAGAUGUGCUGGUGUUGCGUGUCAAGUGAAAAUUGCGGCACCGUCUCCUCGAUUGUGCAUCAGCGUGCAGGCAGUGAUAGACACAUACUGUGUGGUCAGGGCCGUGCGCACAUUUCUGUUUGGACGUAUAAGAGUCUUCAGACUUUCUCAUUUGUGAGUGUGGCACCGCAGAGCAGUAUUUUCUUCGCUUCUCUACACAUUUUUCUCAUCAUAAACAAUUGCUGUAGCGUUAUUUUAGGUAUCGCGUGCUUCAUGCAGAUUUUAAUAUCUGCCGAGUUGGGAAAUGUCUAUACAGUCAUGGUAAUUUUUUCUUUCUUUUCGCCCCACCAUGCAGUGUUAGCAUUCAAUAGACAAGUUGGGCACUACUCGGUGUAAAAAAAAACUUGACUAGAGUAACUGGGAAGUUACGCUAAAUAAGAGUAGCUAAGAUUAUAAACAGCUUAAUUGCGCAAUUGGCAUGCGUGCUAACCGCGCACCAGUUGCUGCACUCGGCAAACCACGGUCCUUUGGCUUCUGUGCCCAACUUGAAGAAUGGAUCAGUUGGUCUUUUAUUCCUCCAGCUCAUGCAUUUCGGGCACUCUGCGUUAUUUAUAAUUUUUGUAUGCACCUGAUGGGGCAACUCUAAAGCCAGCAUGUGCUCUCACUUCAACAUGGCGAACAGUUUUCUAGAAAAAAGAAGGCAUAAGGACCAUCUACAUUACAUUGAGAAGAGCAGUUCGGAGAGCCAGUUGGCAGUGUGACCAUUAAUCAUUUGGAAGUUGCCUUCCUGUGCAUCAUUUCGCGUGUUAUCAUAAAGCUGAAACCAGGGCCUAGUACCCUUGGGAAUUCUUUAAUUGUGCUUUAAUUGUUCUUUAAUUGUGCACAGCUCCAAAUCAGCUGAAUAAAAUACCAUUAACCUUGAACAAGAUCUUGGGACCAUGGCGUCGAAUCGCAGCUACAAAAGGCCACAAAAGCACUGCCGCGAUUUCUGAAAACUACCGGAUUAAGUGACAGUCUGUGAUCCGGACUGAGUGACCGUCAGUGAUAGAGCAGAGAUCUGUUGCUACGUCGGCGAUAUCCACAGCGGACUAUAUUCUUCUCUUAACCUUUCUCUCCCCAUUUUCCUUCCCCCAGUGUAGGGUAGCUAACCGGGCUCAUUCCUGGUUAAACUCCUUGCCUUUCAUUUAUCAUUUUCUCUCUCUCUUUAAUUGCGGCUUCACAGUAAUCAUUUAAGCAAGACAGGUAACGUUCGCAUUCAAGAUGAACAGCACUUAUUACUGCGGUUGUUUGAACGCAAUAUUUUCGUUCUGUUGGAACUUCUCCACAUUUUUAUACAUGCUCACAGCGAUUGCAGCUAAGACUUCAAUGCUUUCAGGCUAGAAAAUGAUGCCUCCUAUCCUCUUGUGGCCCUAGUGAGGGAGGUGGAAACUACCAAGGAAGAAACCGAUUCCCAGGCAUCGUUGAGACACCUGUCUAUUCUUCCACCGUGGACUUAGCCGAGUCAAGGUGUGCUUUCAAGUAUGAAUGGGGUAGACUUAGUUCAUGGAAACGAAGGCUCGGAUGACUCUACAUGAUUAAAGUGUUGAUUGACAAGAAGGAAUGUUUGUAAGAGGUAUUAUGCUAGUUAAUGACUAUGCAUAGUUUAUGCCUCUUGUGGAUACAUGGGCAGUACAGGGUCCUCUGCUUCCCAAUACACCAUUUUCUACAUAGUAGGCAGUGCUAUGAAGGCAAGAGCUAGAGUGAACUUGGAACCGAAAAUUUGUGCACCACAUGUAAAAACAACAUAUACGAAUGUUUUAGUAUACAAUGAAGUUUAACAGUAAUUUCAUAUGCUAGAAUCAAAUUUACAAAGAAAUUAGUACAUAGAAGACGUCGCUCAUCUGAAUGCACUCGGGAACAGACGGAGUUUCACAUUAGCAUGACCGCACAGCUUGCACAACUUCCAUUGUCUGACGCAGGUGCUUGGGAGCAAUACAUAGUGCAUCAUGUACUGGAAGCACGAAAAAGCACAAACAAUGUGUGACCCGACAGAUAUUAGCUGCACGAUUUAACUACAUCUGCGACAGGUGCCGCAGAUCAAAAAUACACAUCAUGCAUUGAGAUCAAAGAUAUGAGAGCUUGUGUAGCUUCUGCAACAUUGCCUGUCAAGUAUGUAACAGAGUGUAGCCGAAGUAACUUUGAACGACUGAGCCACAGUGGUCGCUAGCAGGUGUAGGGCAACUGCUGACGUGCAUCUUUGCAGAGACAAUGUGCUCUUCCUAAUGUGUUGCCUGGCACUGUCUGGCAGCAUUGACUGUGUAGUGGGCUUGACAGAAACAAUUUCACUGUCAUGCACUUUUUCUUCCAUGUUUGCUUUUCCUGAAUGCACCUGCCGGUGCUGUAGUGUAGAGGUGCAUUUGAUUGUUUGAUGUUGUACAAGCGUCGUCCUCCCAUCCGUAGCUUCCUGAUGUGUUCACUGGUUAGUUGGCUUGCUAAGAACACUUGCUUGUGUCUGACUUUUUUUUGUGCUGUGCUCUGGGAUACAGGAACCCAGGUGAACGCAAAUGCCUUAAACCCGAUGGCUGUUAAACUGCACAGCCUUUUCUUCCAGUGCCUGCAUGGAUGAACGCAUUCCCGCAAAUACCAAAUAGAGCGCAUAUCUAAGUAAUCGAAUGAUGUAAUUUAAACCAUUGUUGUUUCUUCCUUCUUCCGGUGUGGUUAUAUGAAUCUAUCAUUGUUCUUGACUCUUCUGUCUAUUUCAAGAAAAAUAAAGUUAUUUUGACCGGA